AUGAGCUACGAAUCGCCAAUUAUUGUGGUGAGAGGGCUGGUAGUGGUGAGAGGGCUGGCAGUGGUGUGCGCACAGUCAGUGGUGUUUGUGAGCUGUUGUAAGCCUCAGCUGUUGUCGAGUGGAGUAAGGUAUAGUUGUGGUGAGAGGGCUGGUAUUAUAGUGUUGAGAGGGCUGGCAGUGGUGUGCGCACAGGCACUGGUGUUUGUGAGCUGUUGUAAGCCUCAGCUGUUGUCGAGUGGAGUAAGGAUUGUCUUCACUGGUCUGACUGUCCGACUGACUGAUUGUGGUCUCAAUUGGUGUCAUUUGGUGAGUUGGUUGGUGUUCGGAAUGGCUGCUGGAAUCGGUGGCUGUUGUGGUACUAAGAAACAGAAGUUGAGUAACAAUUGCUGCAAUCACUUGGAUGUGAACCCUUUGCCACCAAUGAAUGGCCACACUAUGAACGGCGGACCUAAUGCUCACAUGAAUGGAGUGAUGACUUCGGUGGUGACGAAGAACCCAUCGAUGAUUGUGUCCAACGAGAUGUGCUUCUUCUGCUUCGACGUCUUGUCGUCACAUCUGAGCCAAUCUGAUCCCCCGAAGGCACCCAACUUUGCCAACGAAUGCCAUCCGCUGUUCGUCACCUGGAAGGUAGGGCGCGACCGACGGCUCAGGGGAUGUAUCGGCACUUUCAACGCAAUGAACCUACACUUAGGACUGCGUGAAUACGCUAUGACCAGCGCCUUUAAGGACAGCCGUUUCAGUCCUAUCACUCGAGACGAGUUGUCUAAACUUCACGUCUCGGUGUCGAUACUGAGACACUUCGAGGAUGGCCUCAAUUACACUGAUUGGGAGAUUGGCAUUCAUGGCAUUAGAAUCGAGUUCUUGACUGAGAAGGGCUCGAAACGGACGGCCACUUAUUUGCCAGAAGUAGCCCCAGAACAAGGUUGGGAUCGCAUUCAGACAAUCGACUCGUUGCUACGAAAAGGGGGUUUCAAGGGUGUCAUCACCAACGAUGUGCGCCUAUCCAUACGUCUGACCCGUUAUCAGUCCGAGAAGAUGACAGUCAGUUACCAGGAAUACAGAGACCACUUCCAAACCAAACGCUGUUAA